CGGCCCAUAUGACCCAUGAGUAAACGCGUCCGCUUCCUCUUCUCCAUCGCCGCAGCCAUCGCCGCGGCAUCCCUCCUCGCCGCCUCGCUCCGCCGCCGCGCGCAGCCGCCCCGGCUCCCCGACCAGCUCCUCCCCGGCCCCAUGGCGGCCCGCAACCGGAGCUUCGUGCUGUGGCUGCACGGCCUCGGCGACUCCGGCCCCGCCAACGAGCCCAUCCGCACCUUCUUCGCCGCGCCGGAGUUCCGCCACACCAAGUGGGCGUUCCCCUCCGCCCCCAACUCCCCCGUCUCCUGCAACAACGGCGCCGUGAUGCCGUCAUGGUUCGAUAUCCACGAGCUGCCCUUGAGCCCUGGUUCGCCGCAAGAUGAGAGCGGUGUUAUUAAGGCCGUGGAGAAUGUGCACGCCAUGAUCGACAGGGAGGUGGCCGCUGGCAUCCAUCCUGACAACAUAUUUGUGUGUGGGUUCAGUCAGGGAGGUGCUCUGACAUUAGCAAGUGUUUUGCUUUAUCCAAAGACGCUAGGUGGCGGUGCCGUGUUCAGUGGCUGGGUCCCUUUCGGUUCGUCGGUCAUUGAGAGGAUUUCACCCGAAGCAAGGAAGACACCUAUUUUGUGGUCGCAUGGUAUCGCUGAUCAAGUGGUAUUAUUUGAAGCCGGUCAGGCCGGCCCACCAUUUUUGCAAAGUGCAGGCAUCAGUUGUGAAUUUAAGGCAUAUCCAGAUCUAGGCCACUCGAUCGCGAAAGAAGAGCUAUCCUCUCUCGAGGCGUGGAUCAAGGGCCGUCUCAAAGCCUCGCAAGAUAAGCAAAGUUAACGUCCUUCAGUUUGGGCCGCCACCACGCCCCCCAUUAUAGCAAAACCUGCUAAUGCAGCCGUGCUCAACCUGUAUUCCCUAGUAUAUUGAUGAACUCGGACGGUCCAAGCUAUUCUUGAGACUUUGUCAUGCUCAUGAAUGUUAUGUUCCAGGAAAUUAUGUACCGCGGUAUGUUGUUUUU